AAGACCCGGAGAAGAAACUUCUAGAUGACUCUUGGAAGUAAGGCAAUGCUUGGACCACUUCCUGAUGAUUUUUUACGACUGAACUCUUUAUCCGACAGAGUACAAAAUAUUGAUGCUCAAACAGCGAUGGCAUUAUAUAGACAAACUCUUCCACAACUUGCGGCUAUUAACCAUGUAGGCCGUCUAAGUAUAACGUGUGCACAAGCAAAACUUGCAAGAAACUAUGGCCUAACGAGAAUGGAUCCAUAUGUACGAAUUCGUGUAGGCCAUUAUGUUUACGAAACUCAAACUGAUCCAAAUGGUGGAAAAAAUCCUAGAUGGAAUCGAGUAAUACAAAGUCAACUACCUAAUGGAGUAAAUUCCUUUUACGUUGAAAUAUAUGAUGAAUGCAGUUUCAAAAUGGAUGAGUUAAUCGCUUGGUGCGAAAUCAAAUUACCUGAAAGAGUUUUUAAUGGAGAAACACAUGAAGAAUGGUAUCCCUUAAGCGGAAAACAAGGCGAUGGACUUGAAGGCGCAAUCGAUAUUGUUUUAAGUUUUUCUAAUCAACAUUAUAUGUACCCAAAUCUUCAAGAAUCUGGUCAGAUGUUAAUGGUUCCGCCUGGACGCCCUACUCCAAUUUUUGUUUCCCCACAUCAACCAAUUCAGCAUACAUCUACUCUUCCUUUUGUAAUAUCCGAAGAAGAUUUAAAACAAGUACGCGAAAUGUUUCCAAACAUUGAUGCUGAAGUUGUUAAAACAUUGUAUGAAGUUAACAGAGGAAAUAAAGACUCAACUAUCAAUUCUCUAUUACAGAUGAACGAAUAGUAUGGGAUAAAACAGUACUUCAUUUUAUUACGUAUAGAUCAUUUAUUACAAAACUGGCAUAACUCAAAUUCCAGAUAAGAUGAGAUUUGAAACUUGCAUGAUAUGCUUAAAAGUUAUUUUAUUAUUAAUAAAAUGUUAUAAAACAUUCAAACCCGUAA